UCACGCAGUUGUUCGUACGACAAACAACGACAACACACCGCCAAGAACCAAGAAUACAAACCAACCUUAAAUUUCUCCAUCACUGGUUGUCAUUUAUUGGCAUAAUCAGCUGUACCGUUAAAACGGCAACAAUGUAAAUUAUUGUCGAAUCUUUGUUAUUUUUAUAAAACAUAACAAUGUCUUCGGCACAUUUGUCAGGUGGGCGAAUAAAUAUAGGGCUGAUACAAGAACAGGCGAGAAAAACAUUACUUUGUUUGUUGGAAAAAUGUGAUGGCACAAAGGCGAUCGUUUGGGACCAAUCCCUUGCAGGCCCAACAGGCCUAGUGGCAAAAUAUAAUUUGCUUGAGGAGAACGAUGUUGUCAAAAUGUAUCCUCUAUGCGGUGGUAAACUUCCACCCACCAAUGUAGCUAACAUAAUAUUUAUAACACGACCUCAGUUACAUCUGAUAGACCUAAUUGCAGAAAAUGUCCAUGGAGAGCAAAACAACAGUCAGCGAAAGGAGUUCCAUAUCUUCUUUGUGCCACGAAAGAGUUUGCUGUGUGAAAAAAAAUUGCAGAAUCGAGGAGUUUUUGGGAGUUUCACUCUCAUUGAGGAAUUUCCAUGCGAUUUGUUCCCCUUUGACAGUGAUCUCGUUUCCAUGGAAUUGACACAUACCUUCAAAGAAUUCUAUUUAGAAAACGAUCCAACUUGCCUAUACCAAGUAGCCCAAGCGAUACAAAGUCUGCAAAGAUUGUAUGGCAAGAUAUCACGAAUUACAGGGCGAGGUCCAGCUGCCAACAAAGUGUGGGAGUUGCUGAAGCGCUUAGAUCGAGAGGAGGAAGAUGUUAAAUUCAAUAACUCCCAAUCAGCACCUAUUGAACAUUUGCUAUUGCUUGACAGGAGCAUUGAUCUCUUGUCACCUUUAGUAACUCAAUUGACCUACGAGGGCCUCAUAGAUGAAAUAUUCGGCAUUAAAAACACUACCGUACAUCUGCCGCCUGAAAAAUUUCACACAUCUGACGAUUCUCCAACCGUUGUUUCUCUCGAUAAGAAGGAACAAAUUAUUCUGAAUUCUGGAGAAGAAUUGUUUGCUGAGAUUAGAGACAAGAAUUUCAACGGUGUGGGACCAGUUUUGAGUCAGAAAGCCAAAAUAAUAUCAUCUCAAUUUGAUGAGAGACAUGGGGAUAAAAGCGUUCAGGAAAUAAAACAAUUUGUUGCGAGAUUACCUCACAUGCUAGCAACCAAGCAAUCAUUGGCCAGGCAUACAACCAUAGCUGAAAUGGUUAAAGAAGUUACAGACUCCAGCGAGUUUCUGGAGUCAUUGCAAAUUGAGCAAGAAUUAUUGAAUUGCAUAGAUACAGACAAGCCCAAUUCUUACAUCGAGGAUAUGAUAGCUCAGCAAAAACCGUUGUUGAAAGUUUUGCGACUCUUGUGUAUACAAUCCCUGACGAAUUCGGGCUUGAAACCAAAGUUGCUGGAUUAUUACAAGAAAGAAAUUAUCCAGACAUACGGUUUUCAGCAUCUCCCGACUUUGUUGAAUCUUGAAAAAGCUGGAUUACUCCGUUCGCAACAAUCUGCUAGACAGUACGCCGUUCUGAGGAAAGCAUUGAGACUCACAGUGGAGGACGAGAAUGAGAUUGCACCCAAAGAUAUAAGUUAUGUACACUCGGUGUAUGCCCCAUUGAGCAUACGCUUGGCCGAGCAGCUUGUCCAACCGGGAGGCUGGCAAGGUUUGAAUGAUGUUUUGGGUUUGCUUCCGGGACCAGCGGUCAGCAGCGACCUGAGAAAUACUUCCGGGACUUAUCGAAGAAAUUCUUUGACGAGCGAAGACUCGAGUUCGGAGCCACCAAGAUUAGUUCUGGUAUUUUUCAUCGGUGGUUGCACAUACGCAGAAAUUUCGGCGUUACGAUUCCUAUCCCAACAAGAAGACCUAAACGUUGAAUUUGUCGUGGGAACAACGAAACUGAUUAACGGAAACACAUUCCUGACAUCUCUCAUGGAGAAUCUAGAGGAGAACACUAAAUGAAGACUUCCGCUCUGUGAUCCUGAAGAUUGAGAAAUUCAACCCGUACAUUUUAUAUACA